AUGGUGGGGGUAACCGGGAAAGGGACGAAGAAAGAAAUAAGCAACCAGAGGAGCCAUAAAUGUGAAGCCGGCGACAACCAACAUGGUCAAGGGAACAUUUGUCCCAUCCAAAACCUGCUUUAUAAUGGCCCUCAAAACGACCCCAUGCAUCUGAUGGCAUUUUGGAGCGGUAAAAAGCGCAACAAUACCGUGCGAACCAGUGCCUAG